UGACAAACUUAAUAUUGACGUUUCACUUUGUUUUAAUCUACUGCACACUGUUUUGCAUAAUUAGCAGAAUAUAAAAACAUCAUUUGAAUGACUAAACAUAAUUUAUAUAUCUUCUGCAUUUCAAGAAAUGUCUUAAAUUCAGCGAAAUAUAAGUGCCAUAGCAUACCAAAAUUAAUACUGUGAGCAUGAUACAGAAAGUUCUCAUAAAAUUGUAAAAAUGGCCGACGAUUCAGGUAACGAAGAGCAGUGGUUAUAUGGAGAUUCGAAUCAAGAACCACCAGAAGAUGAAAACAAAGAGAAAUACAAAGGUGGCACCAUAGACGCAACUGCCGAGGAUACUCAGCAGAUUGAAAUUACUGGCGAAAGUGGACAGUUACAAGUACCAGAACCGCCAACUAUUCCUCCGCCAACAGAGCACGAGGAUGGUCAACUAAGUGGUGGCGAAGAACAACAGAUUCAGGCCUCUGCUGUUGACGAAGCAGGAGUGGAGGAAACAGCUAAUGAAAAUGGUGAUGGUGAUGAUGAAGAUGAUGAUGAAGAUGAUGAGGACAGUGAUGAUGAUGUACAGGUUGUUAUUGGAGAUAUUAAAACAAGCCCCACAUAUACAAGCCUUAAUAUCAAACGUGGAGGACUGUUAACAUCAGCCAUUGGGGUUGAGAAAUUGAAGCAACCAGGGAAAUUUUCAAUUGAAGAAUUUGAAGCUGUUGGAACGAUCAAUGGGGUUCCUGCACAUGAAUUCAAUUUGGAUUCACUUGAAGACAAACCAUGGAGGAAACCUGGAGCUGACAUAACAGAUUACUUCAAUUAUGGCUUCAAUGAAGAGACAUGGCGAGCCUAUUGUGAGAGGCAGAAACGAAUUCGUAUCCACGAAUCUGGUGUGGGUCUUGCUCAGAUUGGAGGUCAGACUGCUGGAAGAGGGACUAUCCCUGUUGCAAUUACUAAUGACAACUCCAAGUACUCUGGUUUUAUGGGACCUAAGAAGGCAGGACCUCCUCCAGGGCGAAAAAUGGGAGGUACUAUUGAUGUCAUAGGUGGUGGAGGAUUGGCUUCAAGGCGGAAUUUGGAGAAGGGAACACCACCCAAAGAGAAUGUCAUUCAGGUGAUGACUGCAGAUCGUCGUGAGUACAGUCGGAAGCCAGCUUUCCCUGAUAUGUCUGUGCCCCCUCCAACUUCAGGUAUCCCUCAAUUUGAAUUACCACCUCCUCCACAUGGUGUUAUCCCACCCACCUUCCCUCCACAUAUAGACUCCUAUGGAUCUGAGUUUUAUGCAUCCGAGGCUGACCCUUAUUAUCAUUCAUAUGAACCUACGCAGGACUGUCAGUGGAACGACCCUACCUGGCAGCCAACAGCUAUGCCAGUAUCAUCAGCAGAUGUGAAAAUCAUCACCCCAGGGCCCCUGGUGACACCCCUACCACCAGUCAUUCCUCCACCUACAAACAGUAAUGCUACUCUUGGGUCAGAAACUACAAACCAGGAUUCUCAAGAUGAGUUCAGCUCUCGAGGCUCAGUCCGAGAACACUCUGAUGACGUUGCUGCUCCAGGCGCCUCUUCAGGAACUGCUGUUUCAAGUGUUGUGGUACCAGGGUUAUCUAUCAAAGAAGAACCAGGUCUGAAGGAGGAUCAGUUGGCAGCAUCCGAAAAAGAAGCCAGAGAAAGGGCAAAGGAUCGGAGUGAGCGCCCUGAGAAAUCUGAAAGGCAUCGUGACAGAUCUCAUCGUCAUCGGUCACGAAGUCGUAGCACAGAAAGGCGUUCCCGGCGUCACAAAAGCCAUAGCAGGAGUCCUGGACAUCGUCAUCGCAAAAAGAAGUCACGCAGAUCAGACCGAGAAAAGAGCAAGGAAGAAAGUGAAUGAUAAUGGACUUUUACUCAUAUGAUUAUAUAGUGAUCAUUUAACAACUUCUUUUUCUCCUGAACUGUUGUUCAGCUUUCCAGCUCUCAAUAAACAUUGAUGCAGUAAU